UCCAUCCAUCAAUCCUUACAAAUUAAUCUUAAUGGCUCCACCUUCAACACCAACAACCCUGCUCCUCACCCUCCUCCUCCUCCUCUUCCACCUCCUCCCCCUGCUCUUCUCUUUCCCUCUAAUCCCAUCAUCGCCCACCUGCAGAUCAUACUGUGGAAACAUAACCAUCGACUACCCCUUCAGCCUCCAGAGCGGCUGCGGCCACCCUAAUUUCCGUCAACUCCUCUUCUGCAUCAACAGCCUUCUCCUCCUCCACAUCCCCUCCGGCUCCUACCGCGUCCUCUCCAUCGACUACGCCUUCCACCGCCUAACACUAAACGACCCCACCAUGUCCGACUGCUAUUCCCUCGCCCCUAAUACCUCCCCUGCUCACGGCUUCAUAACCAACCCCUCGCUCUCCAAAUUCCUCCAACCCGCACCCGACAACGUAUUCUUCCUACUCCGCUGCCGCCGCGACUCCCCUCUCUUCCAACUCGGCUUCCCCGACACGCGAGUUUGCGGAAAUGUGUCUGGAAUGGGGUGCGAAGACUACUACCGUUGUCCGGCGUGGGAAGCCGGUGGGAGAUCGUCGGCGUAUGGGACGUCCAAUCCGCCGGAGUGUUGUUCGGUGGCGGCGGGGGUUGUAAGGGAGGUGAAUUUGACGCGGUUGAGGUGUUCUGCUUAUAGUAGUGCGUACAGCAUUGCGCCGGUGAGGGCGAGGGGGCCCGGGGAGUGGGAUUAUGGCAUUCGUGUUGCUUAUUCGGUGCCGGGUGACGAUGAGACGGGUUGUCGUGCUUGUCGUGUUUCGGGUGGGUCGUGUGGGUACGAUGACACGAAGGUAAGGGGGGAGGAAGAUGUCGAUUACGGUGUGGUGAUCCAACGGCUAUGUAUUUGCGGUGGUGGGAUCGACGCUUGGAAUUCUACUACUACUUGCGAGUCUACUGAGAUCUCUGAAGGCUUCAUCGUCAAGCAGGCUUCAAUACUGAAUGCUGUCCUUGGAGGUUGGUUGGUGUGUGCAGCUGGCCUUCUUGCAAUCUAGUUAAUUUCUAGUUAUUAAUUGAAAGGAGCUUUCUCGGCCAUGAUUUGGAUUUUUCUGUUCCAUUUUUGUGGCGUCAGACAAGCAAACAAGUUAGCAACUGAGAAACAAUAUUUCUCCUUUUUUUUUUGGAAAAAAGUUACAUGGCGAUGGGAUUUAUAUUCGUUAGAUUUGUGUUGAGAUUUGUGCAUUUUUAUGAUAUUAUAUGUAGUAUUAAUCUAAAUGCAAAUUUGAUGAAUAUGAAUAUACUAGUAU